UACAGCUUGAGCCACUGCUGCGGCUGUGAGGGAGCGAGCAUUGCUGUGGUGUGCCGCUAGCUGAACCCGUCGUUCACGAUUUUCUGCCAUUUGAGCAGUUUCCUCGAUACCUGAGGGGAGUUGACUGAGAUCAUUCCUGUUCCCAAGCUGUCGGAGAAGCCCUCUGCAAGAUUUGUCCCGCGGAAACCUGAGACCUUCCGGCGCGAGAAAGAUGGCUUCCGGUGAAGACAACGUUCCUACAUCCAAGUGUGUACUCGUCGGUGAUGAAGGGCCACGGAAUCAAUUCGAUCGACGAAAAUACAUUAGCAUCUCUCUCCUGGGAUCUAAUCAAGUCAGGAUGAUCCGACUCGGUGAGAACUCUACCUUGUCGCUCAGGAGCCUCCAGAACGCAUGGCCCGGAGCCUCGCUCUUGAUUUUUUUCGUCGACAACAUCGACGCGGAGGUCGUCGUGGACAGGGACGGAGACGUAUUCCUCCCUCCCGACGGAGGUUGGACCGAGAGAAUUUACUACGCGACGACAUAUGAUCCGGAAGAACCGAUCGGAGGGAGUGGCGAACCCUCCGAUCGAAAUUCGAAGGAACUUUUUGUGAAAUAUACGGCUCUCGGAGGAAUCUGCGGUCUCGGACUACUGGCCGUAACGCUCAUCGCGGUGAAUCUCCUGUCGGAGAUUCCUGACGUCGACCUCGGCGAAAACCUCACCUCAGGCUCGGUCGGAAGAAGUUUUCAACAUCACCAUAUACGCUUCCCGAAGACCUGA